AUGAGUGCCAAGCUCUCCAAAGAGUUGAGGCUGUCCCUGCCGCCUUGUCUUCUGAACAGGACAUCUGCCACCUUAAAUACCAGCAGCACCUGCAUCACGCAAGUGGGUCAACUCUUUCAGUCCUUCUCAUCCACCCUGGUUUUAAUUGUCCUGGUCACCCUCAUCUUCUGCUUGAUCCUCCUCUCCCUCACCACCUUCCACAUCCACAAGAGGAAGAUGAAGAAGCGGAAAAUGCAAAAGGCUCAGGAGGAGUAUGAACGGGACCACUGUGCCCGCAGCAGCAAUAGCAGCAGCCAGCACCCUGGGACAGUGGUGCAGGGAGAGGCCCCCCAAGGAAGAGACAGCCGGCUUGGAAGAGCCCCCCAGGACUCGGAGAUCCAGCGCUCCUCUCCCUCGGCAGCCCCCAGCUCUCAGCAAGCACAGGCUUGUUUGGACACAGCUGGCGUGGGGCUCCUGCAGACGGUGAUUUUGUCAUGA